GUUGCUAAGGCAACCGGGCGGCGCCAGCGCGAGCGGGAAGGGGGCGCCGGUCGAAUUUUUACGUGCUAGCCUGCGAGACUUGAGACUUCAGGCGUGGUCAUUCCUGAGCCCCACAGACCACGGCCUCUGCUCCAGUCGGUACUCCUGCCCCAGGGGGGCCAUGGGCCGGAUCUCGGGGCUCGUGCCCUCUCGCUUCCUGACGCUCCUGGCGCAUCUGGUGGUCGUCAUCACCUUGUUCUGGUCGCGGGACAGCAACAUCCAAGCCUGCCUGCCUCUCACGUUCACCCCCGAGGAGUACGAGAAGCAGGACAUUCAGCUCGUGGCAGCGCUGUCCGUCACUCUGGGCCUCUUUGCAGUGGAGCUGGCCGGUUUCUUCUCAGGGGUUUCCAUGUUCAACAGCACCCAGAGCCUCAUCUCCAUUGGGGCUCAUUGUAGUGCAUCUGUGGCCCUGUCCUUUUUCAUAUUUGAGCGUUGGGAGUGUACCACGUACUGGUACAUUUUCGCCUUCUGCAGUGCCCUCCCAGCUGUCACUGAAAUGGCAUUGUUCAUCAGCGUCUUUGGACUGAAAAAGAAACCUUUCUGAUCCCUUCGUGACGGGAACAUAGGGAUGACGGUUCGAGGAACAAGGGACCCCUCACCAUUCCCGGACCGAGGAAGGCAGUCUUCAGCCCUCAAAUUGCGUUUGAUGGAGGAUGUCAGUGUUAGGGUAAUUAUCACUCGAGUCUGGGAUUAUCAGCGUUUUCUUUAGUGCUUGUAAUAAAAUAUAUCUUAGAGUGAGAUCAAGACUUACGACAAUUCUAGGGGAGAAUUGGGGCGGCCAAACUGCUAGAGAAACGGAAGGCUGUUUUCCAGCCUUGCAGACUGUAAGAUAAUACGUGUCGCUUUUAUUUUGGUUAUUACGGUAGACGGCUGACGGAAGGGGGUCGGUGGGCGGAGAUAUGUAAAUAAAGUCCCCGCGAUUUUCGUGCCAAGCUCGUGAGUGGAGCAUUCUGGGAGGAAUUAGGUUGUCUCUUUUUGGCAGUCAUAUCGGGAAAGAAAUAUUGUGUAAUUCUGCAAAUAAACGAGCAACGGUAACGGAAGACCCUGAAUAACGUCGGGUUGCUCGGGCUAGCCCGUUAACUACUCACCCUAGCUGCAAGCGGGACCUUUUUCCCUGAGUAAGGAACGCACGUGUGUUGUCGUUUAUCGUCAGGUGGGAUAAUCCUUACCUGUUCCUCCUUUGGGAGGGCAGAUCGGAACAUGAUGAUUGGAGUUCGCAUGACUCGUGAUUAACGUCUCUGCGUAAUCGGGACUUGCAACACCCUGAUUGCUCCUAUCUGAUUCUGCCUGACGAUCCUCAUCUUUGUUUUCAUGGGAAGUGAUAGAUUAUUGUUCUUUGGGUGUGAGAUGGCGCAGCCACCUGGGUUAGGCUGCGUAUUGCGGUUGGGGAGGGACGGUGACUGCUUGGAGUCUUCCUGACAGUAGCUCGAGUUUUGGGAUUCGCAUUUUCCUGCUCUGCGUUGUCGGUUUUCCGGAAACUUCCUUCAUCCGAUGACCGGGCUUGGCGAGUCUUCGAACGCCACAAUCUUAGUGGGGCGGCUCCUUAAGGGAGGAGCCGAUUAGUGUUACACGAGGUUAGUUAAUUGUUACAAGGGAAGAACGGGUUGGUCUCCAGGUUUCUGUGAAGUCGCUGUUAAUAUUUUAUCGUACUAGGUGUCGCCAGUGGUUUAUUAUCAGACCGUCUAUCCCUGGGCGUAGCUUCCGCUGUUCCUCAGUGGUCUGAUGAGUACCCCCCAUCUCUGCCUGCCAGCACAUGGCAAGAACACGUCCGAAAGGAGAUUAUUUGAACACGCUAUUAGGCAUUGGACAAACACUGCCAGAGUCUGAGGUGCCACCUCGUGUCAGAUCAAGGGUCGUAUUUCCUAGGGAAGGUUCAGUGUAUGUCGGGAAGGUCCUCUGUGCGUUUUUUCAGUCCCGAAUGGGGGAGCCGUGGCCAUUCGAAAGAAGCAGAAGGCAUCCGAGGACAUGCUUUGUGGUGAGGCCCCUCAGGUGAUGCCCCCCCCCCCCCUUUUCCCUUCUGGAGGAUCCUUCUGGCAGCCCUUCAUCCCGAGCACUCCUUCAAUAAAUACUUCGUGAGCAUUUCCUAUAUGCAAAGCUCUGUAGGAAGUGCUGACCGAGGGAAGAGUGUGAAUAUGGUCCGUGCUCAGCCUCACGAUGGAGCCAUCGUGGCGCAUGGAGACCGACCGGAAGCUCCCCUCCUCGCAGCGUACUUGCAGAGCAAAUUGUGGUAAGAGCCGCAAAGGAGAAUUACAGAGGCUACGGAGCAGGGGUUCAUUUGCCCAAGGUGGCAGGAGUAUUGCUCCUAGAGGAGCCGUUGGAGUUGAGGUCCUGGAGUGUGGCUGGGGAAAGUCACAUCCCACCGCGCUCUGUGUGCUUCACCGAUUUGUGAAAGCCGACCUUUUGUGUUGCAGAAACAUUGUGGGCGAGUUGUGAAACAGCUCUUAUCAGAAGUGAUACAAACAGUUAAAUUGUAUUUAAAAACACUCAAAACUCAUUACUUCCUGAUUAUGUUUUUUCUCCUCUCUCUCUCUCUCUCUCUCUCUCUGUCUCUUUUUUACUUUGUAGGAGUUUAUUUUAUUCAUUUUUUUUUCAGUGUGGUUUACACACAAUGUUACACCAGUUUCAGGUUCCUGAUUAUUUUUUACAUGUUACUAUUAUGUGCUCUUGAGGUUAUUUACAUUUACUGUAUCUGUAUGGUGGGAAUGCUAUAUAAUGAUGUGCCCCUACUGUGUGUCUCUUCCCAGCUCAUGUGGAGACAUCAAGUUGGUAUUUCGAAACUGGCUCCGGCAGGAGUAUUUACUCCACAGAGAUUGGCAACUGCGGCAUAUGGGGCUUUGUUGAUUACCUAGAUUUAAGAAAAUGUUGGGGGCGCCUGGGUGGCUCAGUCGGUUAAGCGUCGAACUUCAGCUCAGGUCAUGAUCUCUCGCUUCGUGGGUUGGAGACCCGCUUUGGGCUCUGUGCUGACAGCUCGGAGCUUGGAGCCUGCUUUGGAUUCUGUGUCUCCCCCUCUCUCUACUCCUCCCCCGUUCCUGCUCUGUCUCUCAAAAAUAAAUAAACGUUAAAUUUUUAAAAAAUUUAAAAAAAAGAUGACGGAGACAAUGUUAAUAAUGCAGGUUACACAUAAAACUGCCAUGUCUGUAACUGUUACAUUGCAAAUAGCACCGAAAAUAGAGGAAAUAUUCUCCCAGAAUUUGAAAACUGUUAACAGAUUCAGUAAAGAAGUCAGUCCAGCCCCUGAGGAACCAGUGAAAGUACAACAUAUCUUCACUGCUUCAUUUUGUGUCAUUCCAAAAUGUAAAUACAAAUAUCAACCAACAUUCAUUUUGGAAUUACACUGGUAGGGUAUAAUUCCACUUAGGAAGUCGUGGAUACAAGAGUGGAAUUUACAGUAAAGAAUAUUGUAUAUUUCAUUAUUAUUUGUAAAUUCUGUUACACAUCCUUUGUGUCAGUAAGAUUGAUAAUAAACUUAUGUACAUAUAUAAAUACGUACUGCUUUUGGAGAGUUGGCUGUUAAAUAUUUAUCAGCGAUUCCUGCCCCUCUCAUCCCAAGAAACUGCCCAUCGCGGAUCCUUGUUUCUAAAUCCAGAGGGCACUGCUCAGCCUUUGGCUUGGCCUCUUUUCGGCACAUAAUAUGUUGACCACUACUCUUUUGAAAGGUUUUCUUUCUUGGCCUCUGAAAAAUAGUUCCCUUGGUUUACCUCCCACUAUUCUGGCUGCUUCUUCUCAGGCUCAUCUAAUUUU